CUAUCGUGUCAUUUUAAAAAGUUUAGAUAAAUUAUCAUACUUGCGGUAUCUGAUAUUGUCACUAUAGAUGAUUAUAUAAAUUACAUAAAAGGUUUUGUAAAUAUUUAACAGUAUUAUAGUGCUCAUCACGAAUUUAAAAUGGCGCCGUUGCUGUUCAAGAUAGACUUGAGUCCCCCGGCUAACGCAGUCAGGAUGUUGGCUGACAUCAUCGGACUGGAGCUGGAGCUUAAAGACGUUGAAUUCCUUAAAGAGGAGCACAAAUCCCCGGAAUAUAUGAAGUUAAACCCUGAGGGAGUUGUCCCAACACUGGUCGACGAUGGAUUCUCAUUGGGAGAGAGCCACGCGAUAAUGAUCUACAUGGUGUCGAAGUACGGCGGCGAUAAGAGUGAGCUCCUAUACCCGAGCGACCUGCGCACGCGCGCUGUUGUCAACCAAGUACUGUUCUUUGAUGCCAGUGUUCUGUUUGUCAAGAAUAAGAAUAUCAGUAAGGCAACGAUUUUCGAUGGUCUGAAAGCCCCUACAGAGCGUCACCUGGCGGACCUGGAGGAAGCAUUCGACAUGCUGGAGCGGUUCCUGACGCGGAACUCCUACGUGGCCGCCGACCACCUCACCAUCGCAGACCUCUCAAUCUCAUGCACACUCACCUUUAGCCUUCUAAUCAAGGAAUUAGAUACAGAGAAACACCCGCGGAUCGACGCCUGGUACAAGAAGAUGCAACAGGAGCCUUCCUACAAGAAAAUCGCCGUGCCCGGCAGACUGGCCGCUAAACAAACAUUGGAUUAUUUUAGACAGAAAAACAACCAAUAAAUACAGAAAGGAACAUUAUUCUCAUAGAAUAAAGUAAUAAUUUACACUCA